AUGCUCGGCUGGAUGCUGAAGCGUGGCGACAACGCGCCUGCUGCGGAUGCUGGAGAUACGACUCAGCUAGAUCAGCCGGAUACGCCCGCUCCCGUGUUCGCGGCCCGAGCGUUCAAGAGCGCUUUGUUUGGGACCCCCGCUGCGUCCCACGAGGAUCCCCGGAAGACACGCGACAAAAUGGCGACCAAGAGCGGCACGGGGCCAUCGGAUUCCGGAUCAGGGACACCGUCCAAGCCGCCUGGCAUUCUUCUCACGCCCGGGACAAGCACCUCUCGACGCAAACGCGUUUCCUUCGACCGCGAUGUUCCAGGAUCGAGCGAGGCGGGCAAGAUCAACGCGAUGAAGGCCACCACCAGCAACAGAAGAACGACGCUUUCAGAGGCGCUCGAAAACUCGCGACAAAAGCCCGGCGACAUCUCCAAAGCCGACACGCGCCAAACGACAAACGAUUCAGAGGACGAAUGGGAAGAGGAAGAGGAUGACUACUGCACAAACGACAUCACGCUCGACCUGAAUGAGCCUCAUUCGCAGUCGGGCCGUUAUUGGAAGGGGGAAUUCGAAAAAUAUCACCAGGAAGCCAAGGCCGAGAUGGAGAAACUGCUCAAGUAUAAGCAACUUGCCAAGUCCUAUGCUCAGCAAAAAGACGCCGAAGCGAUCCAGCUCGCCGAGCGACUCCGAGACGAGCAACAAAAGGUCAUCAACAUGGAGAAGAGGAUAGCGGAAAACGCGUCUCAAAUCGUCUCUCAGAAGCGUCAGUCGGCAGACGACGAACCCACGGCGCUCCUUUCUAAACUCGCGAAGCAAACGUCGCUCGCCGCGCAGUAUCGACAUCGUGUUCAAGAGCUAGAGGGCGACCUGGCCGAGUUCUUGCGCCAGAAGGGCGAGGAUGGGCCUGGGAGGGGGCAGCGGCGGCGACAGGUCGCCCCUUCACCGAACACGCAGAAGACACUCAUAGAAACACAGCGCGAGCUACGCCGGGCACGGUCCCAAUUGAGAGAACUCGACAUGCUUCGAGAGGAAAUUUCCAACUUGAAGGCUCGGGUCAAGGUUGCUGAAGGACAGGCGAGUCGAGCCGACAUGGACGACCUGGCAUCUGCGGCGGGGCCUCGGGCCCGUGAGCUGCGAGCCCAGCUGAAACAGGCGGAGGAAGAGUCGAAGAAGAAAGAUGACGAGAUUCGCCGACUCAAGAACGAGUUCGAAGCCUUCCGCACGGAGAGCGAGGCGCAUGAAGCCGACACCAAGGCGGUAUUGGAGCGUGCACACACAAAGAUCGCAGACCUUAAGAAGGAGGUCAAGAGUUUGAAGGCGGUCGACGUGGAGCAGGUCAGACCAAGGACCCGGCAAGCCCGCUCAGAGCGGCCUGCAGAGGCCGCGGAGGCCACGGAGGACAAGUCACGAGAUCGCAACCAUACCCAGCGCAAGCUGAGCUUCGGGGAUUCCAAGGAAGUCCGCGCCUCCGAAGCUCAAAGCCUGCGCGACAGGUACCAGAAGGCCGAUGCAACUGGCCCAAGAAGCGCACUUGGCGUCCUGACGGAACGACCGAACCUCGAACAGCCUAAGUGGCAGCCGUUCGUCCCCAGGUCACCGAGGAAUAGGGCAUAUCUCGGCGAAGCCCUAGAGAGGCGCAUCCGCAACGGAGGCGCGACUCCGGCGGCGAGCAAGCUGAAGGACGUCUCGGCGCGGGAGCUGCCUGGCCAGGGAAAGCCGUCGAGAAGCAGCCGAUCUAGGCGAGCAGGUGGCAACGAUGAGAUCGACCUGCUGCGGGAUCGAUUCGCCCGUCUAGGCGGGCCAGACUCUGCCGGCGGCGACUACAUUGGCAGCUCGUUGGUGGGAAACACUUCCAAGAGCGGGACACUGCCUCCCGAGAGGCGAGCCGCGGCCCUGGCGCGGAUUGAGAAGAGGAUGGCGGACAAGAAGCGUGCGCAGCGGCGCAAGGCGACGUACGACAAGGAGAACAUCCGGGCAUGA